AUGCCUUCGCGCCGCGUCUUGGCCAAGCCACUCGGUAUCAACGUCGACUACAGGCAGGAGCCGGACAAAGACGACUAUGCGACGCUAAUUCCCGACCACGUUGACCCGUACUUUGAGGAGGAACCGACGGCGAAGGAGUUUCUGCUGCAGUUCAAGCCCACUCGCGCCGGCGCCGCUCGUUACAUCAAAGACCUCUUCCCCUUUUGGAACUGGAUCUUCCACUACAACCUCCAAUGGCUGACUGGAGAUAUCAUUGCCGGCGUUACUGUUGGCUUCGUCGUUGUCCCGCAGGGCAUGGCAUAUGCGCUGCUCGCUAAACUGAGCCCCGAGUAUGGACUGUACACGUCAUUUGUCGGAUUCCUGCUAUACUGGGCCUUUGCUACCUCCAAGGAUAUUACCAUUGGUACGGUCGCCGUCAUGUCCACGAUCGUCGGCAACAUCGUCAUCAAAGUGCAGGACAAGCACCCCGAUAUUCCUGCUGAGCAGGUGGCCAGAUGUCUGUCACUCAUUUCAGGUGCCAUUCUCCUCUUCAUCGGCCUCAUCCGUGCUGGCUGGAUUGUCGAGUUCAUCCCGCUCGUUGCUAUUACGUCUUUCAUGACAGGCGCUGCCUUCAGCAUUGCUGUCGGCCAGGUGCCGGCAAUGAUGGGAAUUUCGGGAAUCAACACACGCGAGGCCACUUACUUGGUUCUGAUCAAUACGCUCAAGAAGCUUGGAUCCACCAAGAUUGACGCCGCACUCGGCCUCAGUGCUCUGUUUGCCUUGUACUUCAUCCGCUGGGUUUGCAACACCAUGUCCGAGAAGCAGCCGCACCGGAAGAAGAUGUGGUUCUUCCUCUCUACGUUGAGAAUGGCCUUCAUCAUUCUUCUGUACACGAUGGCCAGCUGGCUCUCGAACAGGGGGAUCUCAAAUGCUAAGGAGGCGAAGUUUAAAAUCCUUGGGACUGUGCCAAGAGGAUUCCAACACGCCGGUGCACCUCACGUUGAUGCUCGUCUCAUCCGAGCUUUCUCAAGCGAACUUCCGGCUGCAAUCAUUGUCUUGCUGAUCGAGCACAUCGCCAUCUCCAAGUCUUUCGGACGUAUCAACAACUACACGAUCGAUCCCUCGCAGGAGCUCGUAGCACUCGGCUUCACCAAUGUCUUCGGCCCCUUUCUGGGUGGCUACCCAGCCACCGGUUCCUUCUCGCGCACAGCCAUCAAGUCCAAAGCCGGUGUCCGCACGCCACUCGCAGGCAUCUUCACUGCAGUUCUCGUGCUCCUGGCACUGUACGCACUGACAUCCGUUUUCUUCUACAUCCCCAUGGCGACCCUGGCAGGUCUGAUCAUCCACGCCGUGGGCGAUCUGAUCACGCCGCCCGACGUGGUCUACCGCUUCUACCAGAUCUCGCCGCUCGAGGUCAUCAUCUUCUUCGCCGGCGUGCUCGUCACCGUCUUCACCAACAUCGAAAACGGCAUCUACACGGCCAUCGCCGCCUCGGCCGCCGUCCUGCUCUUCCGCCACGCUCGCGCCAAGGGCCUCGUCCUGGGCCACAUCAAAGUCCACUACCUAACCGACGCCGAGUUCGCGCGGCAGCAGCAGCAGCACUCCGACCCCGCCGACGCCAUCGACCGCCACCACCCCCCGAGCUCCUCCUCCUCCUCCACCCCCUCAUCUACCUCCGCCCCGACCAACACCACCCCCGACUCAGCCAUCGACUUCCCCACCACCACCGACGCCUACCUGCCCCUCACGCACCACGACGGCUCCAACCCCGCGCUCCCUCUCUCCACCAUGCCUCACCCAGGCAUCCUGAUCUACCGGCUGACGGACACGCUGACGUACGCCAACCAAGCCGCGUACCUGGACGCACUGACGACGGCCGUCUUCGCGCACACGCGGCCCGCGCGCGCCAGCCACUACGCGCGCCUGGGCGACCGCCCCUGGAACGACCCGGGCCCGCGCCGUGGCGAAGUCGUCGACCUCGACGCCGACGCCCGCCCCGUGCUGCGCGCCGUCGUGCUCGACUUCGGCGCCGUCGCGAACGUCGACGUCACGGCUGUGCAGGGCCUGGUCGAUGUGCGGAAGCAGCUCGAGAGGCAUGCGGACGCGGUGGAGGGCGGGGAUGGGGUGCUGGAGUGGCAUUUUGCUGGCGUGGGGAGGAGGUGGACGAAGAGGGCGUUGGCGGCGGCUGGGUUCGGGUACGGGGCGAAGGGAAGCGCGGCGGUUGGGACUGAGGGCCUGUUCGCUGUGGCGGAGGUGGGUGGAGCGAGUGUAGAGGAGGUGAGGGAUGAGAAGGCUGUGGUGGGGGAUGUGGAAAAUGGUGGUGCGAGGAAGAGGCUCACUACCGUGUACGGCGUCAAUAGGCCGUUCUUCCACAUCGAUCUGCCCGCGGCGGUUAGGGCCGCCGUGAGGAAUGCGAGGAAGAGGGAGGAGCAGCAUGUGGUGAGGACUGUGCAAGUGGACGCCGCGGGCAAGGAGGAGUGA